UUCGUCUUUUGUGUUGUUUUGUUUUCUCUUUCAGCGUCUUUUAAAUUUUGGUGGCAUAGCAACAUAGCGACUGGGCCGAGCGUGCGACUUGACAAAGAUGACCGUGUCUAUGUUCACCAAAACGGCCAGCUUGCUGCAGGCUGUCAGCUUGAUCAACCAGCUGGAUGAUACCAAGUUCAGCGCUCUCCUGGCACGCAUACUACAGAAGCUGCACUUGAAGGACGAGCGUAGCUUCAGCGAGGAAGAGGAGUCGCGGCUGCAGAAGGCCUUUGCCCUGGGAGCCAAGGAUGUCACCCUCGUCCUGGAGACUGUUUCCUUCAUCCUCGAGCAGGCGGCCUUCCACGUGGCCAAGCCCCAGGUGCUGCAGGCGCAACUGACUGCCCUGGAGCUUUCCGACACCAAGGUGCAGUGCCUGGUCCAGGCGUGGACGGCCGGUGCCAAGCAGGUGGUGGAGAGGCUCAAGCACCACUCCCUGGCCGCCAGACAGCUGCAGGACGUGGGCUGGGAGCUGCGUGUGACGGGUGGCCAGCGCCACGCCGCGCGUGCUCGGGCACCCCAGGCGCUGGUGGACCUGCUGGUGUCCGGUGGUGCCGCCCACGACCACCUGCUGCUCCAGUUCUCCCACCAGCAGCUCUUUGGCCUCUACACCAAGCUGGAACGCAUUCAGGCCCAGUUGGAUGGUCUCGUGUGAACCAAGUCCCAGAAGGCAGCGCUGCCCAUCCCCACCGGCAAAGUCCCCAAAUCACCCGAAGCUGCUGCCAAGAGGAGCUCCCCGAUUGGCUGGCAGUGCCGUCACUUUUCGGAUGCGGCUCCACAUCAUCCGGACAGCCGAGUUGCCUUCCCAACUUAAGUUUCCUGGACAUGUUUCUUUGCCUCAUGCAUCUUGCUGGUUCCCGAACGAGCAGCUGCUUCUUUCGGUGGGUCGGACGUGUGGAUGCUGCGUUGUGCCAGCUUCGGGCCGAAGCUGAGAAGCUGUUUCUUGAAGUGGUCCUGAAGCAGUCCUGAUGCGAUCCUAAAGUGCUGUGAAUGCCGUGAAGGGAGUGGUAGCGUUUGUUGGCUUUCUGGGCGAGCCGUAACCUCUUCUGAGCAGAUUUUCUGGGCAGCUCGGUUCAAAGGAAGUGCUUUUCUUGAUCAUCUUGUGCGGGCUCAUUUGUGGGGUUUUAGCAUAUUGCUAGCUGCAUUCGAUGUCGGUUUCUGAUUUGCGCAAAGUUACCCAGUCUGUGUUUGUAUCUGGAACUUUGUAAGCUGUCUAAUCUAUGCUGCCCUGGAUAAAGGCUGGUUCUCACACUUGCGUUUUGUUUCGACGAAGUAAGCUGUGCAGUCUUGUGAUCUCUUAUGAGCAAACACAUUGGUGUCAUCUAUCGAGUUCCUGUGAAUUGUGGUGGCUUUUUCUUUUCUUUUUGUUCAGUAUGGGCAUGCUUGUGUUCACUUGUCCGGCCUCCAAGAACUUUUAGAGUUGCACAAAUUAACUGAGGAGAUUUAACGUAAUAUCCCAAGGUAUAGCCCGUCUAAAAUUGAGAGUAAUUUAACUGAAAUAAGAACUGGGAUAACUCUCAGUGAGCAAUCAACAAAAGUUGAAAAAGUGCUAUUUCUAGAUCACGUUACCUGCUAAAUUUGCUAUCUCUGCAAGGUGUAGCAAAGCGUAGCCCCCCUCCCCAGUCAGCAAUGAUCGCUGAUCUCCUGCCCUGGCUAACUAACCCCAUUUUUGCCAAUGUCACCAUUGGCCCGGGCACUGCAUUUACUAGAAGUGGCUAUCUUUCGGUGUACGUGACAAGAAAUAGAGGU